AUGCUCCAGGUCCAGCACAUCAUGGGCUCUGAACCUGCUGCCGCAGCAGCAUCACCUCGAGGAAGCCCUUCUGUGAAACCUGGGAACUCAGGCUCGGGCACAUCUCAGGAACAGGAGAUUGAGGAGGAGUACCUGGAGCUGCUGGGGAGAAUGGUGAACACCACUGAAAAUCCCCUGAUGAAAUACACGCAUCUGAAUUAUAUUGGCAGCGGGGGGUUUGGAGAUGUUUACAGAGCACUCGACACUGCCACAGGAGGAGAGGUGGCAAUAAAAAAAAUAAAUCUUCAAGGAGUGAGGAGGAAGGAGCUAACCUUUAAUGAAAUAAUGAUCAUGAAGAGGUAUAGGAGUCCCAGUGUUGUGAAUUAUUUAGACAGCUACCUUCUGGGCGAGGCACUCUUGCUGGUUAUAGAGUACAUGGAUGGAGAUAUCCUGAGCGAUAUCGUCAGCCAGACCUGCCUGUCUGAAGAUGAGAUGGCAGCCAUCAGUCGGGAGUGCCUGCAAGGACUGGAUUUUCUUCAUUCAAACGAUGUGAUCCAUCAAGAUGUGAAGAGUGACAACAUCCUUCUCAGAACCGACAGCUCUGUCAAACUGGCUGAUUUUGGCCUCGCUACUCAGCUCACCCCUGAGCAGAGCAGAUGGUGCUCGGUAACUGGGACUCCUUGGUGGAUGGCGCCUGAAGUGGUGACAGGUCAACCAUAUGGCCCCAAAGUGGACAUAUGGUCUUUUGGAAUUGUGGACAUUGAAAUGAUAGAACAAGAACCUCCUUACUUGAGUGAAAAUGUGAAAGCAGGAGGUGGAGCCUGGUGUCUCCUUCUUCUCCAGGCUACACACCUGAUAGCCACAGUAGGGACUCCACAGCUGCGGCAGCCCAAGCUCCUCUCGGCUUUGCUGCGUGACUUCCCGAGCUGCUGCCUGCAGACAGACGAGGAGCGGCGCUGGUCUGCCAAGGAGCUCCUGCAGGGCUUGAAGAGCUGGAAGAGAGAGGAACAGAGCCAAGGUCAGAGGCCAGAUUGA